AUGGGCGUGGAUGGGUCCGCAGCUAAACGAACCCAUGAUCUGAGUUACGGUUGGUUGGUAUUCCUACGCGAGAUAUCUCAGUUCCACCCUAAUAUUUUCGGUUCUUUCCGCCCAGCUACCUAUCGGCUCGAAUCUGGAGUACCGUUUGUCACCGAGGAAACGCACAGACACCAUCUCAACUGGGAAACAGCCACUCGCUUCCGAAACAUUCAGAGUGAUACGCCUUGUGACUCAUUCCCUUACGAACACCUCUCUCGAAUUCAGAUUGUUCUGAAAAUAGGUGCAUCUGAACCACAAAGCCGUCUCCAGACCCAGCUCUCAACAGUUACUCGAUGCAUCUCAAACCUCCUCAUAUUCUCCGAUCAUGAGUCUGAGUUGAAUGGUCACCAUGUCUAUGAUAUACUCGCUACUAUUCCCGAAUCCUUCAAAGCGAAUACCCCUGACUUUGAAGUCUAUAGGUCUAUUCAACAAGGCGAUUUUAAAUCCGUGAAUCGCUCUCCGGCCUGGAGGCUCGACCGUUUCAAGUUUCUACCGAUGGUUGAGCGUUCAUAUGAAUUGAAUCCCGCAGCAAAAUGGUUCGUCUUUCUUGAGUCUGACACGUAUAUCGUGUGGGAUAAUUUAUUUCGUCUUCUGGAUCAGUUUGACUCUGCGGUGCCAUUGUAUUUUGGCUCUCCAACACGCGGGAGAGGCAGCAGCUAUUUUGCGUACGGCGGCACUGGAUUCGUCCUCUCCGUCGCUGCAGUCGAGAGAUUGGUGGCUAGGACGGUUGGCAGCAAGGGGGAGUAUGUCCAACCCUCGUUGAUUCAACGUUAUGAGAGCCUAAUAAAGGAUGAUUGUUGCGGUGAUUCGGUACUGGGAUGGGCCUUAUAUAAAAGUGAUGUGAAGCUCUCAGGGCUGUGGCCUAUGUUCAAUCCACAUCCUCUCCAUGGAGUUCCAUUCCAUGAGGCUCACUGGUGUCAGCCAGUGAUUAGCAUGCACAAACUACUAUUGAAAGAUAUGCAUGGACUUACCGUGUGGGAAAAACAACGUGGCCACAACGCACCCUUACUCUAUGCUGACCUGUUCGAGUAUACGAAUUUGACGAUAAGACGUCAAGAACAGCCCCAGUGGGAUAAUAGCGACUGGGGUGGAUGGCGGGAACCUCCAAGCUCACCCGCUCAUAAAUCAGUCCAUGCCUGCCGAGUAGCUUGCAAUAACCACGAAAAUUGUUAUUCCUAUACCUACAGUGAUGUCGGGUACUGUAUAUUUGUUCCCACAAUGCGUUUGGGUUCUAAGAGUUCUAAUCAGCAACUGUCGGCCGGCUGGGAUGUGGAGAAAAUUAAGAACUGGCAAGCCGUUCACAAGUGUAAAGAGGCAGAGUGGGUCAAACCGAGUACCAAACGUAUAUAUUAG